AUGGAAUUACCCAAAUAUAAUGGAACAUGUCAUCCUAAUACAUAUGUUAAAAACAUGCGCGCAUACUGUAAAAUCAAUCGAAUUACAAAUGCACAAGACAUACUUGAAUUAAGUAUUUUAAUGAUAGAUUCGAAUAUAAUUAUCCCGGAAGAUAUUGAUAAUAUAGAUAAACUUGUCAAUACUCUCAAAUCUCACUCAACUUUUAACAUUUUUAAAGAUUCAUGUAAGGGCAAGUUACAAGGAAUGAAAUAUAUUCCUGAAGAGGAGGAGAAUUUUACCGCUACAUUUCUUGCAAAAUUUCGUACACUUUGUAAUGAUGCCGAAAUUAAUGAUCCCUAUGAAAUUAAAAAACUCCUUUUUAAUACGUAUUCAUCAAAUAUAUUCUUUAAAGAAGAAUUUGUAAGAUUGUCAGAUAUUAUGAAUUCAAAAGAUCAAAUUGAUGAAAUUUGUAAAUUAUUUCAUGACAUUGUAUUUGAUGCGUCAAAAAUAAUUAAAUAUGAUUCUUUGAUAGCCUUAAAAAAUGUUUCAACUGGCAGAUAUUUAUCAAGUUGUAAUAUAAACUAUAUUACAGGCUCUACAAAUCAAGUGGUAUUUGCUGGUGAAAAAUUACCAGAUACAAACGCUUUAUGGUUUUUAAAAAAUUGUAGUAAAAAGGAAAUACCUUAUAAUAUUGAGUCCAAAUUUAAAUUAAUGCAUAAAGAAACUAAUAAGGAAUUAUUUGCAAGCAGAAAAUAUAAGUCUCCGACAACUGGACAAGGUGAAGUAUCCUGUCGUACAAAUGAUCCUGUUGAAUUUCAAUUCAUAAAUCUGAAACCUAAAAACAAUCAUUCAUUAUAUCUACGAGCAAAUGAUUUAAUUAAUUUAAAGGCUUAUAAUACACAAUAUAAAUAUGAUAGAAUUGUACGAGAUCAUUAUUUCACUUUUACUAUUGGUGAUGAAGUUUUUUACGAAAUUGUUGGUCAUAAUGAUAGGAUUGGUGCAAACGAUGCGGUAUGUUAA